GUGGGAGAAAUGGUAGCUGCUCUGAGAAACCUCCGCAGAUGGAGGAACCUUCAGCUCAGUGAAGAAGAGGAGAAAACUUCUGGGAAAGCCAGGACUGCCCCAACGGGAUGUUAGAAAGCACAAAGUGGACUCUUGUGCUCCCUCUUUUUCUCCCCCGCCCUUGCUCCUCUGUCUGUCUGUCCCUCCUUGUCUCUCAGGCCAACUCGACCUUUGAAGAGCUGGCACGUGUUCAGCAGUUCCUCAAGGCUUGGGAAGAAGUGGGGCCCCAGAUCUGGCAUUUCUUCGACAAGAGCACCCAGAUGGCCAUGAUCCGAGAUACUCUGGAGAAUCCAACAGUGAAAAGCUUUGUGAACAGACAGCUUGAUGGGGAAGGAAUCACAGCUGAAGUCAUUCUCAACUUUCUCUCUAAUGGGCCUCAGCAGGAUCAGCCUAAAGACACGGUACACUUUGGCUGGAGGAAUAUCUUCAACUUCACAGACCGUACCCUGCGUCUGUUUAAUCAGUACAUGGAGUGCUUGAUCCUGGAUAAAUUUGAAAGUUAUGAUGAUGAAAUCCAGCUCACUCACCGAGCCCUCUCCCUACUGGAACAGAAUCGAUUUUGGGCUGGAGUAGUGUUCUCUGAUAUCUCUCCUUGGAACAGCUUACCACCACGCCAUGUGAAGUACAAGAUCCGCAUGGACAUAGACGCAGUGGAAAAAACAAAUAAGAUCAAAGACAGAUACUGGGAUCCUGGUCCAAGAGCUGAUCCAGUGGAAGACUUCCGUUACAUUUGGGGCGGCUUUGCCUACCUACAGGACAUGAUUGAACAAGGGAUUAUAAGGAGCCAGACCCAAGCAGAAGUGCCCAUUGGAAUCUAUCUGCAGCAAAUGCCAUACCCCUGCUUUGUAGAUGACGUCUUUAUGAUCACUCUGAACCGCUGCUUCCCGGUCUUCAUGGUGCUGGCUUGGAUCUAUUCCGUGUCUAUGGUGGUGAAGAGCAUCGUGCUGGAGAAGGAGAUGAGGCUAAAGGAGAGCUUGAAAAACAGGGGGGUCUCCAAUGCUGUAAUCUGGUGCACCUGGUUCCUGGACAGCUUCUCUGUCAUGGCAAUGAGCACGGUCCUUUUAACGACCUUCAUCGUGCAGGGCCAGGUCCUGCACUACAGCAAUCCGGCCAUCCUCCUGCUGUUCCUCCUGGUGUUCUCUGGGACCACCAUCACGCAGUGCUUCCUCUUCAGUGCCUUCUUCUCCAAGGCCAACCUGGCAGCGGCCUGCAGCGGCCUGCUCUACUUCACCCUCUACCUGCCCCACAUCCUCUGCUUCGCUUGGCAGGAACACAUGACCGCCCAGAUAAAGGUGGUGCUGAGCCUGCUGUCUCCUGUGGCCUUUGGGUUUGGCACCGAAUAUUUGUCUCGCUAUGAAGAGCAAGGCAUCGGACUCCAGUGGGACAACAUUGGCAAGAGCCCCAUGGAAGGCGACGAGUUCAGCUUCCAGCUUUCCAUCAAAAUGAUGCUGAUUGAUGCCAUCCUUUAUGGCUUCCUGGCCUGGUACUUGGACCAAGUAAUUCCAGGGGACUACGGAAAGCCACUUCCUUGGUAUUUCCUUCUGCAGGAGUCCUAUUGGCUUGGAGGGGAAGGAUGUUCAACCAGAGAAGAAAGGGCCCUGGAAAAGACUGAGCCUGUAACAGAAGAAAUGGAAGAUCCUGAUCACCCCGGGGAGAGACAUGAUACCUUCUUUGAGAGAGAGCUCCCUGGACUGGUCCCCGGCGUGUGUGUGCAGAAUCUGGUGAAGGUCUUUGACUUCCAAAGCAAGCCAGCAGUGGACCGUCUGAACAUCACUUUCUACGAGAACCAGAUCACCGCCUUCCUUGGGCACAAUGGCGCUGGGAAAACUACCACCAUGUCCAUCCUGACUGGGCUGAUCCCUCCUACUUCUGGCACGGUACUGAUUGGUGGGAAGGACAUCGAGACCCACAUGGACUCCAUCCGGCAGGACCUCGGCAUGUGCCCACAGCACAACAUCCUGUUCCACUAUCUCACGGUGGCUGAGCACAUCCUGCUAUAUGCACAGCUGAAGGGGAAGUCCAGGAAGGAGGCGCAGCUGGAGAUGGAAACCAUGUUGGAAGACACAGGCCUGCACCACAAAAGGAACGAAGAGGCUCAGAAUCUGUCAGGGGGCAUGCAGAGGAAGCUGUCAGUGGCCAUCGCUUUCGUGGGAGACGCCAAGGUGAUCGUUUUGGAUGAGCCCACCUCUGGGGUGGAUCCCUACUCCAGGCGCUCCAUCUGGGAUCUGCUCUUGAAGUAUCGCUCAGGACGAACCAUCAUCAUGUCCACUCAUCACAUGGACGAGGCUGACCUCCUGGGGGACCGGAUAGCCAUCAUUUCCCAGGGCAGACUCUACUGCUCAGGGACUCCCCUCUUUCUGAAGAAUUGCUUCGGCACAGGUUUCUAUCUAACCUUGGUGCGGAAGAUGAAGAACAUCCAGAGCCACGGGAAAGGCUGCGAGAAGACCUGCAGCUGUACAUCUAAAGGUCCGUCCAUCAGCUGCCCAAAGGUUGAAGAGAUAACAGCAGAACAAGUAUUGGAUGGAGAUGUAAAUGUGUUGAUUGAAAUGAUCCACCAUCAUGUGCCAGAAGCAAAGCUAGUAGAAUGUAUUGGCCAAGAGCUUAUUUUUCUCCUCCCAAAUAAGGAUUUCAAGCAGAGGGCCUAUGCCAGCCUCUUCAGAGAAUUGGAGGAAACACUCCCAGACCUGGGCCUCAGCAGCUUUGGGAUUUCUGACACUCCCCUGGAAGAGAUUUUCCUGAGGGUCACAGGAGAUUCUGAAUCAGGAGCACUGUUUGUAGGUGACAGUUAUCAGACAGGACCAAGUUUUAGCUUCAGAAACCCCGGUUUGAAUAGCAGUGAGAAAACCACAAGAGGAUCCCAGACCUUGAACGGCUCCCCAACUCCAGAACCGAUCCCUCCUGCUGAGGGCCAGGCCAGCAAGGAGGCGGAGGACGCCGGGAUGCCGCUGAACAAGGGUCCUCAGCUGCUCUGUCAGCACGUCCAGGCUUUGCUUAUCAAGAGGUUCUACCGUGCUGCCCGGAGCCACAAAGACUUCCUUGCUCAGAUUGUGCUCCCAGCCGGCUUUGUGUGUAUGGCGUUGCUGCUUGCCAUCAGCAUCCCCCCCUUUGGAGAGUAUCCCGCCUUGCGGCUUCACCCCUGGAUUUACGGACAGCAGUACACCUUCUUCAGCUCUGAACAGCCGGACAACGAGCAGCUGUCCACCCUUACUGAAGUCCUCCUGAACAAACCGGGGUUCGGGAACCGCUGCCUGAGAGACGCGUCGCUCCCGAAUUAUCCCUGUGGCAAUUCAACAUCCUGGAAGACCCCCUCUGUUUCUCCUAACAUGACUCAUCUGUUCCAGAAUCAGAAAUGGACAGCAGACAACCCGUCUCCUGCCUGCAAGUGCAGCACCCAAGAGAAGCUCACAAUGCUCCCAGAAUGCCCUGAGGGGGCAGGGGGGCUCCUUCCUCCUCAGAGAGUACAACGAAGCACGGAAAUCCUACAGGACCUCACGAACAGGAAUAUCUCAGACUUCCUGGUAAAAACGUAUCCCACGCUUAUAAGAAGCAGUAUGAAAAGCAAAUAUUGGGUCAAUGAACAAAGGUAUGGAGGGAUUUCCAUUGGAGGAAAGCUCCCAGUCUUCUGUAUCACUGGGGAAGAGAUAGUUGGGUUUUUACGAGACCUUGGUCAAUUUAUGAAUGUGAGCGGGGGCCCUGCCACUCAAGAGGCUGCAAAAGAAAUGUCCAAUUUCCUUAAAUAUCUGGAAACUGAAAAUAACAUUAAGGUGUGGUUCAACAACAAAGGUUGGCAUGCAAUGGUUGCCUUCCUCAAUGUGGCCAACAAUGCAAUCCUGAGAGCCAGCCUGCCCAAAGACAAGGACCCAGAGGACUUUGGAAUCACACUCAUAAACCAGCCACUGAACCUCACCAAGGAGCAGCUCUCGGACAUCACAGUGUUGACCACCUCCAUUGAUGCCAUGGUGGCCAUCUGUGUGAUCUUUGCCAUGUCCUUUGUCCCAGCCAGCUUUGUGCUCUAUCUGAUUCAGGAGAGGGUGAGCAAAGCCAAGCACCUGCAGUUUGUCAGUGGGGUGAGCCCCACCACCUACUGGGUCACCAACUUCCUCUGGGACAUGGUCAAUUAUGCUGUGAGUGCUGGGAUAGUGGUGGGGAUCUUUGUUGGAUUUCAGAAGCGAGCAUACACGUCCCCAAGCAACCUCCCGGCCCUGAUUGCCCUGCUCUUCCUCUAUGGAUGGGCCGUGACCCCGAUGAUGUACCCCGCCUCGCUGCUGUUUGACGUGCCCAGCACAGCUUACGUGGCCCUGUCCUGUGCCAACCUCUUCAUCGGGAUCAACAGCACCGCCCUCACGUUUGUCCUGGAGCUGUUCGAGAACAACAGCGCCUUGCUCACGCUCAGCGCCGUGCUACGAAAGGCACUGCUCAUUUUCCCUCACUUCUGCCUGGGCCGGGGGCUCAUCGACUUAGCCCUGAACCAAGCCGUGACAGACGUCUACGCUGCCUUUGGUGAGGAACAUUUUUCGGAUCCUUUCCAGUGGGAUAUCGUUGGAAAGAACCUGGUUGCCAUGGCAGUGGAAGGGGGGGUCUAUUUCAUUUUGAACCUGCUCCUCCAGCACCACGUCUUCCUCACCAGAUGGAUUGCUGACCCUACAAAGCAACCUGUUGCUGAACCUACUAAGCAAUUUAUGGCUGAUGAAGAUGACGAUGUGGCUGAAGAAAGACAAAGAAUUCUUAGAGGAGGCAAUAAAACUGAUAUCUUGAGGCUAAAUGAGCUCACCAAGAUUUAUUCGGGCACCACAAGUCCAGCAGUGGACAGGCUGUGUGUCGGGGUUCGCCCAGGAGAGUGCUUCGGUCUCCUGGGAGUGAACGGUGCUGGUAAGACGACCACAUUCAAGAUGCUUACUGGGGACAUCCCAGUGACCUCAGGAGACGCCGUCGUGGCAGGGAAGAGUAUUUUAACCCAAAUUUCUGAGGUCCACCAAAAUAUGGGCUAUUGUCCUCAGUUCGAUGCUGUCGAUGACCUGCUCACAGGUCGAGAACAUCUGUAUCUCUACGCCCGUCUCCGUGGUGUUCCUACAGAAGAUAUCAAAAGGGUAGCAAACUGGUGCAUUCAGAGCCUGGGUCUGUCUCCCUAUGCAGACCGACUGGUAGGCAGCUACAGUGGGGGGAAUAAGCGGAAGCUUUCCACAGCCAUUGCUCUGAUUGGCUGCCCUCCUCUGGUGUUGCUGGAUGAGCCCACCACAGGGAUGGACCCGCAGGCCAGGCGACUGCUGUGGAACACCAUCGUGAGCAUCAUCUGGCAAGGGAGAGCUGUUGUGCUGACUUCACACAGCAUGGAAGAAUGUGAAGCUUUAUGUACCCGGCUGGCCAUCAUGGUGAAAGGAAGCUUCCAGUGCUUAGGUACCAUCCAACACCUCAAGUACAGGUUUGGGGAUGGCUACAUCGUCACCAUGAAGAUCAGGCCCCCCAAGGCGGGUCUGCUUCCAGACCUGAACCCCGCUGAGCAAUUCCUACAGGCCAACUUCCCGGACAGCGUCCAGAGGGAGAGACGUCACAACAUGCUCCAGUACCGCAUCUCCUCCUCCUCGCUGGCCAGGAUCUUCCAGCUGCUCAUCUCCAACAAGGACAGCCUGUACAUCGAGGAGUACUCCGUCACGCAGACCACGCUGGACCAAGUCUUUGUCAACUUCGCCAAGCAGCAGACGGAGGAGGACCACCUUCCCCUGCACCCGCGCGCGGCCGGAGCCGCCCCCGACGCCAAGUAUCUGUUGCCGUUGCAAGAAUUUCCCCAAAAAACAAACUUGCUGGGACAGGAAGAAAACAUUCACGUGGUGCUGGCAGUGAGAGAGCCCUCCAGGAAAUGAGCCCAAGUAGUUAAUGGGCUGAGGAAACCCGAGGCAGUUGGGCAGCCCAGGGCAGUCAGAGAAGGACGGACCUCUGGAAAGAGCUGCCGUCUCAAGUCCUCACCAUCUUGUCUCUCUUGAAUGGGCACGACUUGAAAGGAAGAACCUUGGUGAAGAGUGUCCAGUCUGGUGAAGGCCACAUGAGGGACAGCUGAAGGAACUGGGAGAAGUUUAGCCCAAACAAGAGAAAAGCCCUGGGGGACAUGAUGAGUACUUUCAAAUGAGAGAGGCAGAGAUGGUGUGGGAAAGAUUCCUUUCUAGAUUCCCCCCCACCCUCCUCAUUAAUGU